AUGAGCCUCUCGACUGUGCGCUCUCCGUUCGCUCUGGGCGAUUACACGCCAAUCGCAGAUCACCAGGAACAAACACCAGCAAGCUUUUACGACGGAAAACCCGUGCUGUACUACCAUGCGACAGCAGCAAAAGCCUGGAUCCCCGCCUCGCAGCGGGGGAAGCUCCCCUUCUUCCCGACUGACUUUACCUCUGCUCCAACAGUCCCCGAGAGCAGCGCGCUCGACGCCAUGAGGGAAGAGCAUGUCGAGCAGAAGGUUGACCUCUUUGUCAACUCUCAAAACCUCGGGAUAUUCUGUCCAUCCGCCGAAUGUGGCGUCUCAAUCCCGUACCAACAAAUCAGCAUCCAUGCGAUCAAGACCCUCCGUUCUAACAACACCAACAAUCAAACCACAUACCCUUCUGUCUACCUUCAAAUCGAACUCAGCUCAGGCGGGGCAGAAGACGACGACUUUGACACGGUCGAGCUGACGCUUAUCCCCCAGCAGCCACAACCUUCAGCCUCAGCCUCGGGGGAGCCAGAACUGGAGUCAGCCGUGCUACCGGCGCCCAAGUCCGAAGCAACCAAGCUGUUCGAGGCCAUCUCAGAAUGCUCCAACCUGAAUCCCGACGCCGUUCAGGACGGCGACGAGCACGAUGGGGACGGGGAGGGAGAGGGCGCUCAAAUAAUCUUUGAGGGGAGCGGUGAGGCGAUUGAGGGUCUUCCUGGGGUUUUCGCCGGGUCCAGAGACGGAGGACUGCCGCCUGCGCUGCCGGGGAGUUCAGGGUGGAUCACGGCCGAGAACGUGCACGAGUUCUUUGACGUGGAGGGCAAUUGGAUCGGCGGCGAGGGCGAAGAGGAGGGCAUUAGUGGCGAGCUUGGGGAUGGAGCCGGAACUGUUCAUCCCCGGGGUGAAGACGAGGAAAUGACCAAUGGGGAUGCCGCUGGGACUGGACAUACCAGUUCUGGCUGGCUCAAUCGACUGGUCCCUGUUCCUCACAGCAUGGGCGUUUCGUGUCCCCGGCCACGUCUCCGGACCCUGGCAUGUCUCGCUUUGGCCAGCUUCGUAUUUAUGUUGCUGGAAUUGCCCUACGAUAACGUCCUUCGGUUGGCCAUCCGGUUCAAUCUUCAGAAAUUCAUUGCUGUAUGGAUGCCUCGCGCUGAUGAGCGUUGGGUCUAUACGCAGCCAGAGUUCCAAGUCGACCUGGGCCACGAUCUUCUGGUCAUCUUGAAGACUGGAUAUGGCACAAAAGAGAGGGUUCCAGCAUGGCUCGACUCACUUAGUGAAGCAAGUGAGUUCAGAGACAUUAACAUCAUCGCCGAUUAUGCUUCCCGGCCGGGCGCUCACUUCCGCUACCGUGGCGAGGAGAUGCCAGUCAACGAUAUGGUCAGGUGGUCCGUCAGCCAUCCAAGCCUGUUCAACUACAAUUCGCACCCAAAGGUACAGAAGUAUAGACAGCUGGCCAGCGCUGUCGCCAGUGGUGACGAGGAAUCGGCGCUUCAACUCUCCAAAUCGUUUGGAUGGGAACUGGAUGCUCUCAAGUUUCUCUCAGGCCUCUACUGCGGAUACAGCAGAUUCCCCAACAAGAAGUGGUAUCUACUGGUAGAUGAUGACACCUUCAUAAUCCAGCCCUCACUGAAAUCCCUUCUCGGGCACCUCAAACCAGACGACCAGCAUUAUCUAGGGAACGCCAUUGGCAGUUUCAGGACGCGCUUUGCCCACGGAGGGUCUGCCAUCAUUGUUUCACGUGCGGCCAUGCACUACCUCGUUGUAGAACACGCGAAGGACCUGUCGUCCGAGUACCUCAACUCACUCGACGAGACCUGGGGUGACCGCCUCCUGGCGAGAGCGUUUCUGAAGAUUGGCGUGUACCUCGACGAGACGUACAGUCACUGGUUCAACGGCGAACCGCCCCUCCUCAGCAGAAUCCGCGCAGACAGAAUCUGCUCGCCGGUCAUCUCAUUCCACGGUCUCUCGUCCCCGUCGAAAAUGCGGCAGGUCGGUGCCCAGUUUGGGAAUGUCACCAGGCCGGUUCUAUGGCUUGAUAUAUGGGAUAUAUCCGGUUCCGAACCGCCAUGGAGGGGUUCUAGGUCUGCCAGAUCGAAUUGGGACUACGUCGGCAGGCUUGACGAAUUCACGCACACUCUGCGGAAGGUGGCGACUGCCGAUAAGUGUUUGAGAGAAUGUGAUAGUCGAGCGCGAACCUGCCUAGCAUGGACAUGGGAGCCUGAGACACAGAACUGCCAUAUCAGCCCCUGGAUGAUUGUGGGCGAGGAAGCGAUGGGCAAGAUGUCGGGCGUCAAUAUCCCAAGGGCAAGAUAUCUCGAGGCCAAGUGCAUGCUGAAUCGACACAGUUAG